AUGACGCCCUUAAUUCCCCUACACCUUUCCUUCGUCUUACUGCUCCUGGCGAAGGUCUUCUCGGGCCAAACUUUGAAAAAACAGCUUAGCCUUGCACUUGAGAUCGAGAGAAGAUCCGUGCUUGCCAAAGCCGACCCUGUGGCAGGACAGCAGAUUGACGUCAAUAUGUGGUUCAAUCUUCUGUUUAUUAUUGGACUGGAUGAACGUCAACAGAUUCUGACAACCAGCGGCUGGCUGGAUUUGUGGUGGAAUGAUGAUCGGUACAUCUGGAAUUCUACAGAGUAUGGAGGCAUAGAGUCCAUUAUGGUGCUUCAUGAGAAGGUAUGGAAGCCCGACAUAGUAGUCCGCAACGCCGUCAAUAGUUUGGGUGUCGUGGGCAUGAGUGAUGACUUUCUGAGGGUCUUUUCAUCUGGUUACAUUGAAUGGUCUCCUGCAAAUGUCUACCAGACUAUUUGUGAAGUAGAUGUCCGGACCUUCCCUUUUGACUCGCAGAUCUGCUACAUGAACAUAUCUUCAUGGGUUUACUACGCGGAUCAGGUCCGCCUCGUCCCCUACAGCAAGGGUGUGAUACUGCGGCACUACAAGGAAAACAGUGAAUGGGAGCUGCAGAGUCUGGACUAUGAGGAUGCCUUCUAUAACUUCAGCAACAACCAUCAGAACGGUGUGACAUUCAGAUUCAUUCUCAAACGCCAUAGUGUCUUCUACGUUUUGAAAAUUCUCAUUCCGACGAUUCUGUUGUCGUUGCUUAAUGCUUUUGUGUUCGUGGUUCCAGUUGAAUCUGGCGAGAAGAUUGCUGGUUUUACUGAGUAUGUGAUGGUGAAACUUCAACCAUUUUUCUCUCCAUCAGAUUCCACUGGUCCCAAAUGA